AUGGAAGAGGAGGGGCCAAUCAACUUCAAAGCUCUAAGGGCCAAGUUUCAGGAAGAGGCCCUUCUGGCUCAAUCCAAAACCAGACGGCCAGCUGUUGCAGAGAAACCCAAACACCUUCCACCUCCUGGAGGUCAUUGCAGCUCUGUGGUUACCAGUAUUAAUAUUGCUGUAGAAAACAAGACACCAGUGGUUCCCCGGGUCAUCUUCAGAGAUGGGCUGCGGUCAUCUGGGGGCAAGCGACCGGUUUCCUUUCCACCACAACUUCAGCAGACUUCCGCCUCAUCCCAGCUUACUAACGGAGACAGCACAACAAGGCAGUCCCUCAAAGAGCGACACAUGCCUCUGGUGCUUCCUGUCUUGCCUGUAAAAGAGCAGAAGAUAGAACCACCAGUCAGAAAGGAGCACAAACUGGAACCAGAGCCAGGAAAAGAAGUCCCGUCACAAGCUAAAAUCAAGAAGAAGGGCUUGCUCCUUCCUUUCAAAUCAGUCAAAGCAUCAAAAGUCGGUGCAGAAAAUGGAGAGGAGCCCACUUAUGCUGAUUUGACCACUAGACCUUCUAGUGCUCCAGGCGAAUUGGCCUCAGUGGAAAAACAAACCACAGAAGAUGGGGUUUCACUCCAAAGUGACCAGUCGACUGCUGAUUGCCCCCUCUCAAGCCCAGAUAUACCAAUCACCCCUCCUUCUGCAGAGACAAGUGUUGACUCUGACAGCAAAAUCGUUAGCACCUUGGAGAGGGCCAAGAAGAAAUUCUCACGCCGGCAGAUGUUGAUAUCCACAAAAUCCAAGAGCUUGCGUUCCCCUGACUACACUCCAAGAGACAAGGCGUUCCCUUCGCCACCAAAGAACACUGAAAGUGUUGAGCCUGACCUCCCCAUACCCCCACCAGUCUGUCUUCCACACCUGGCUUGUAUUUCAGCCCGGCCUUUCUUCAAAGCUAACAACUCUGCACGUAAGUCUCCAUUGGCUAAGCAGUUUGGCAGGGAUCAAGCUGAACUUGUCUCUGUGAGGACUUGUGAACCUCCUCCACCCUCAGCUCCUUCAAAGAAACCUCUACCUGACUUGAGGUCACUGGGGCCAGUGCCAGCCAAACCCCCCAGACCUCCAUUAGUAGAUCUCAGCUGUCACCAUCUACCCACAGUCCACGAGGUGUCACCAGGUCUUAACCAAACACCAACUGAAGAGCCAGAGUCUGAGCACCCAACCAUCUCCCACCCUGUGCUGGAUGCUCCAGAGUUUCCGGAGUUUGAGAGUUCAGAGAUGGAAACAGCAGAGGGAGAAGUUGUUGACAUUGCUGCCCUGGAAUUGGAGGCUUUAGACUUUGUCAGCACUGACCUUCCUGUACCAGUUGACUUGGGGGUCACAGAUUUUGAGGCUUCCCAACCUGAUUUGUCAGCGUGUGAUCCUGCAGAGCCCAGCCUGAGCUCUAUCUUCCAAGAUCUGAACCUUGGCAGUCAAAACAUAAUACCCCUCGAUCCGGCCAGCUUCCCUGAACCAAUAAACUUUUCAGAGUUCCCAGAGCCUGAUGCACCAGAGCAGUGGUCUCAGAGUGAGGAUGCGGUCGCAGAUCUUCUUUCUAACUCUCAAGCUGAUGAGACUGAUCAGGGAGCUGCUGAGUGCCACUCUGUCCCAGAGGAAACAGAUCUUAGUAACAAUGCAGAAUUGAAUGAUGGCAUUCAACCAUGUCCAAGUGUAUGUCAACAGAACAGUUACUAUGAAACAUGUGAUAAUGUAUACGAGGAUGUUGAAAACAUCAACAAAUUCGUCUUGGGCCAGAACUCUCGUAAACGGAAAGCUGGUCUGAAGAAUCCAUAUGCUGACAACCACCCUAUGAAGGAGGAGGCAUGUCUCAACAUAUGGCCUCGGAAUCCGUGGGGGAGUGCACCAGGAGAAUAUUCUCAUUCGGCCCAUAAUCACAUCCAUAGUAAGGAACGCCAGAGCCCCAACACUGCUGACUAUAAAGAGCAGAAGAAGAGGGAGAAGCAGCGACUGGAGAAGGAGAGAAAGGAACAAAAAGAAAGGGAGAAGAAAGAAAAUGAAAUGAAAAAGAAGUUCAAGGUGACUGGCGAUGAGGAGCCCAUGUACCACGCCAAGGUGAUGGUGGCCAGCAAAGUCCGCAAAAACGACCUGCCUGUGAAGAGCGGGGACACGGUCAGCAUCAUCCGCACCACCAACUGCCCCAAAGGCAAAUGGUUGGCUCGAGACGGCAACAACAAAUAUGGUUAUAUUUCCGUCAUGAAUGUGGAGCUGAAUAUCAAGGAGAUGCUGGAACUUGGCAAGAAGGCCCAAGCAGCGGGACGAGGAGGCAACCUGGAGGGUGAUACCAUCAGCAUUGGGAGCAGAUCCUCCAGCCACCCUGUGCUAACAAGCAGCUUCACAGAUGACAGUGAGGAGUGGGCCUGUGAAGAUGAGACUCUCUCACCCUCCAAUGAAAGCCAUAGCUUUCCCCAGCAGGCUUCGUCCAUGUCUGAGAUGUCUUGUGGCCAUGUCAGUGCCCAGCAUACUCUGAGCGAUGCCAACCUGGAGGACCUGCACACACAGACCAGACAUGAAGCCCUGCAGAAACUAGCCAUCUUCUUUCAGCACAACAAAGAUGAAUUUGUUGAUGUCACUGAUGGAGAAGGAACAACACCCACAAAUGCUGAACCACCAAAUUUGCUGUGUGCUGUCGAAGAGCCUCCGUAUCCCGAGCAGGAGGUUGACUUCACAGAGCUGGAACUCCUUCCUCCCCCACCACUUUAUGCUGACACCUUCUGA